UCGCCGCCCUUCCACCUGCGACGGACCCAGGCGCUGCCAUGGGCUACCAGGGGCAGCAGCCCGUCAUCCCGCCGCAGAGCGAUCUAGAUGACAAAGAAAUCCUCGUUUCUGAACACGAGCAUAAAGGGAAAACUUGUCGUCAGUCUGCUGCUGUUUUCAAUGUUGUCAACUCUAUUAUAGGAUCUGGUGUCAUAGGACUGCCGUAUUCAAUGAAGCAAGCUGGCUUUCCUCUGGGAAUAUUGCUUUUAUUCUGGGUUUCAUAUGUUACAGACUUUUCCCUUGUUCUGUUGAUAAAAGGAGGGGCUCUCUCUGGAACAGACACUUACCAGUCUUUGGUCAAUAAAACCUUUGGCUUUCCAGGGUAUCUCCUCCUCUCUGUUCUACAGUUUUUGUAUCCGUUUAUAGCUAUGAUAAGUUACAACAUAGUAACUGGAGACACUUUGAGCAAAGUUUUCCAAAGAAUACAAGGAGCUGAUCCUGAAAACUUGCUUAUUGGUCGUCACUUCAUUAUUGUGCUUUCCACAGUAGUCUUUAUUUUGCCUUUGUCCUUGUACCGAGACAUAUCGAAGCUUGGAAAGGUCUCUUUUAUUUCUACAGUGCUCACAACUGUGAUUCUUGGAGUUGUAACAGCAAGGGUAAUUUCACUGGGUCCACACAUACCAAAAACAGAAGAUGCCUGGGUAUUUGCAAAAUCCAAUGCCAUUCAGGCUAUUGGCGUCAUGUCGUUUGCAUUUAUUUGCCACCAUAACUGCUUCUUAGUUUACGGUUCUUUGGAGGAACCCACAGUAGCCAAGUGGUCCCGCGUCAUCCAUGUGUCCACCUUGGUUUCUGUGCUUAUCAGUAUUCUCUUUGCUACAUGUGGAUACUUGACAUUUACUGGCUUCACCCAAGGAGACUUAUUUGAAAACUAUUGCAGAAAUGAUGACCUGAUAACAUUUGGAAGGUUUUGUUACGGAAUCACUGUCAUUCUGACGUACCCAAUUGAAUGUUUUGUGACUAGAGAGGUAAUUUCCAAUGUGUUUUUUGGUGGGAAUCUUUCAUCAGUUUUCCACGUAAUCAUAACAGUGGUUAUCAUUACCAUAGCCACGCUCGUGUCAUUGCUGAUUGAUUGCCUUGGAAUAGUUUUAGAACUCAAUGGUGUGCUCUGCGCAGCUCCCCUAAUUUUUAUCAUCCCAUCAGCCUGCUAUCUGAAACUGUCUGAAGAACCAUGGACACACGCCGAUAAGAUUAUGUCCUGUGUCAUGCUUCCCAUUGGUGCUGUGGUGAUGGUCAUCGGGUUCAUCAUGGCCGUGACAAAUCCUCAAGACUGCACGCGUGGGGAGGAAAUGUUCUACUGCUUUCCUGACAAUUUCUCUCUCACAAACAUCUCAGUUUCUCACUUUGAACUGACAACUCAACUUUCAAUUUUAAAUAUCAGUAACUUUCAAUGAGUUGACUGCUUUAAAAAAUAUGUACAUCUUCAUAGACCCCUAAACCAAAUAAUAGCAUGCACACAUGUUUUAGUGUCUAUAUUAUAAAAUGAUUACUUUGGCAUUUAUUAGGACUUGGCUUUAUUCUUUUGCUCAGUAUAAACUAUAAAGAGGAAAAGAAAAUCGAAUUCAUUUUAUCUUAAACGGGGGCAAAAUAAAUGUUUUGUUUUACCGACUACUGCACUAAUCUUAAUUGCAGAAGGAAAGUGAAGCCUUUGACAUUUGCUGUCAUCCUCUCAAAGCAUUAUUCUUUUAUUUAGUAUGUGAACCAACAUACUGUUUUCAAAUAAGUGGCUGAUUGUGGGUUCAAAUUUUGUGUAUGUGCCCUUUAUGAGAUAAAACAAAAAACACAAUUUUCGUCUUUUAAAGUCUAUGGAAGAGAAGGGAAGAGAAAGGAAAUUGUUAAAGAGAAUAACUACUCUGAAAGCAGUAAAGCUCUCUGUUAUCAUUUCAGCAGCAGUCGUGUUUAGAGGGAAGUGAGUCCCUGGAGAAAUGAGUAGGGUCCUUGCCAUGUUAAGAGCGUGAAUACUAGACUGGAUGUACAGAGCAAGGUGUGUGAGGAAUCAAUACACCUCCCAGCUUUUGAGCCUGUGAGAAUACAAUGGUAGUGCCAGUAAAUAAAUUAUGAAACAGAAAGGAAAAAAACCUACAAGCUGUUCUGAGUUAGGAGCCCAAUAGAUCAUUUUGCAUCAGCUCUGAGCCUGUUGAAUUAGAAGUGCUGGCAAGAAUAUACAGCUGGAAACUGAACUUUCAGGCAAAAAGCUU